UAUGUGUGUUGGUGCCACGCUUGCAACCCUGCAAGUUAAGGUGCGAACUUGGCUGCGUUUUUCUCUUCCUUUUCUCUGAACGCUGCUAAAAUGAAAGCCAAGGGACAGUUGAAAGAAUACGAAGUGAUUGGCCGCAAGUUGCCAACCGAGAAGGAGCCACAAACUCCUCUCUACAAAAUGCGCAUCUUUGCCCCGGAUAAUAUCGUGGCCAAGUCGCGUUUCUGGUAUUUCUUGCGUCAACUGAAGAAGUUCAAAAAGACCACUGGUGAAAUUGUCUCCCUGAAACAGGUCUACGAAACUUCCCCAACCAAAAUUAAGAACUUUGGCAUUUGGUUGCGUUAUGACUCGCGAUCUGGUACACACAACAUGUACCGUGAAUACCGUGACCUGGCUGUUGGCGGAGCUGUUACACAGUGCUACCGUGAUAUGGGUGCCCGUCAUCGUGCUCGUGCUCAUUCAAUUCAAAUCAUUAAGGUCGAAGCGAUCCCUGCCAGCAAGACCCGUCGUGUACAUGUCAAGCAAUUCCACGAUUCCAAGAUCAAGUUCCCAUUGGUACAAAGAGUACACCACAAGGGCAACAGGAAAUUGUUCUCAUACAGAAAGCCAAGAACCUACUUCUUGUAAGAUGUUUCUUUGCAGUUAUUUUUUAACUUUUUGAUUUAAAAUAAUAAAUAAGAGUCGUUGAGAUCGAGACUUGUGUAAAA